AUGGUCUGCCAUCGCGCGUUCGCGGCUGUCUUAUUCGCAGCCUGCGUGGCUGCAUUCGCCUCGUGCGAGCAGCCUCACACCUCUCUGGAGGUGUAUUCGUCGUUCCAGCCUAUCUUCCUGGAGCUGCGCGAUGAGAGCUCUCUGGAGCGCCGUAGGUCGAAGCGCCGCAGAAAGUCCCGCCGCAAGCAUUGCUCGAACUGCCGCCUGAAGAGCGAGCGUCACGCGGAGAAAAUCAAGGCUCACGCACACGACGCGCUUGGGCACAGCAACGAUACCAAGAGUUCGGAUUCUGACCACGAGAAUCACUCGUCAACUUCUGGGGAGCACGUGACCCACGAGGGCUCCGACCACGCCUCGACCACCAGCGAGGCCAAGGACCAUGACGAGCACAAGAAGGAGGAGACGUCGUCGGACCACGCGCCCAACGCUGAGCACAAGGAUGAUCACGCAGCGUCUGUGAGCGACGAGCACGACCACAACAAGGAUACAUCGGGUGAUGCCCACUCCACGGACACCACAACCGAGCAUUCCACCACCACGGACGCUGAUCACUCAAGCUCAGAGAACAAGCAUUCGGACGCUUCUGCAUCGGAGAGUGAGUCGUCAAAUAAUGCCGGGCAAUCCUCGGAUUCUGCGGCUCACGGAUCCGACUCCAGCCACGAAUCACCUGACUCUCACCACGAGUCGACAUCCACCAGCCACGAAUCACCUGACUCCAACCACGAGUCGUCUAGUUCCAACCAUGACUCGUCUGACUCUCACCAUGAAUCGCCUGACUCUCACCAUGACUCAUCGGAGUCAUCCACGACAUCCAGCGAGUCAUCUGAUUCCAAGCAUGAGUCGUCAGACGCCUCGCACGAUUCGUCUGAUUCUCAUCACGACUCAUCCGAUUCAAGCAGCAGUUCAUCGGAGUCUAACCACGAUGCGUCUAACAACUCGCAUGACUCAUCGGAGUCUAGCCAUGGCUCUUCUGAAAACGCCCAUGACUCAUCGGAGUCCAAUCAUGGAUCUUCGGAUGCCAACAACAAUUCGUCCGAUUCUUCCAACGAUUCGGCAAACGUGAAUUCAAGCAGCUCGGAUUCCCACGCAGAAUCCCACUCGUCUGAUGAGCACAACAGCUCAACAUCGUCGGAGGACAACAGCGCGUCUAACGACAAUGACACGUCGAAGUCAUCUGAGAACACCGAGUCGUCUGCAUCCAGCGAUGUUAAGGAAUCGUCCGACAACAACGAUGCUGCCAAGUCUAACGACAACGAGUCUGGCGAGAAGUUGGAGUCCAAAUCGUCUGAGGAUUCGGAUAAAUCUGAGCACACUGCGCACACUGAAGAGCACAAGGAAUCGGGCGAAUCGAACAGUGAAAGUCACGAGCACAAAGACUCCACAUCGGAAUCUCACGACGGUGAGAAGCACGCCGAUGAAAAACCUGCUGACACGUCCGAUUCAAAAGAUGCACAUGGAGGUGAGGGGAAUGGCAACGAAUCACAUGAGGUGAAGGAGCCGGUGGCGCUGUCACUGCUUGAGCACUCCUAUGAACACGAAUCGGAGGCAGAAACGGAGUCGGAGCAGUCGGAAUCAGACUCCAAUGAACACCACGAUUCGAGUGAUGGUGAAACGUGUACUCUGAAGAAUGGCUGCAAAAAGGGCACCCACUCGUCGCACCAGGAUUCCUCUGACUCCGUGAAGGAGCAGGAGUCGGCCGCUGAACAUGUCGCCGAGGAUGACGGUAACAGCGAGCACAAGGCCGACGAUGACAGCGACAAGAAGGAUGGCAACAACGCUCAUAAGGAGGAUGAUGACAACGGUGAUAAGCACGUCGAGGAAAGCCACAAUACAAAAGAUGAAGACAAAAGUGAGAAGACUGUUGAGCACGGCCACGAUAUGAAAGAUGACGACAGCGGCGACCAGAAGGGUGACAACGAGAGCGGCAGCGACACCAACACGGAGAACACCAACGGCGACAUAACAGACAAGGACGCCGAAGGUGAAAAAUCGCAUGAUGAUACAACCAGUUCCUCGGAGGAAACAAAAAAGGAUUCACCCGCGGCGGACUCUGAGGAUGCCCACGUAGAGGAGCACGCCUCCGACCGCGUGGCUGAUGAACAGAAAACUCCCGGUGAAUCUGCUGACCAUCAUGCGGAAGAGCACGCUAUUCGAGCUGUGUCGAGUGAGGCGCACCAAGUGGCGCUCCACGCCGAUCACAGAGCUGCCUCUGAUGUCGCUCAUGAGGGUGAGGGCAAGGCAGCCAAAUACGCAUCCGCUAAGGGGGAGGAGGACAAAUCUUCAAAGGACGAAGCGGAGCACGAGGCUGCUCAUCACGAGAAGGAAAAUGCCCAUGCAUCGUCUGAGGCGAAGGUGGAGGCUGGCGCUCACGGCACCCCCCAGCUCUUCGAGCUGCGCAAGCCUAACAUGACCUGCACCAUCGACUGUGCGGAUAACUGCCAAAGUAUGUUGGGCGGCAAGACGCAAUGCUUUUCGAACGACGACGGCGCGCCCCGGUGCACGCCUUUUGACAACGCCAGCACUCUGGAGUGCGAGGGCGCCCAUAGGCCCUGCGUGAUGCCACACGUGGAACCCGGCCAGGCUUUCGAGUUGCGCGCCAGCACCGAAGCCGCUCCCCAUGCGGGCGAGUUUUCCAUCAAGGGAAAGGGGUUCAACGACUGCAUCUCCAUGCUGCUGAUCAGCAUGGACCAAGCAUGCAGCAAGGACAACAUCCACGAGAACAUGGAGGCCACCCGUGCGGUGCUGGACCCCGUCUACGACGUGGUUCGCGGCGACGAUUCGCUGAAGUUCACCGGCGUCAAGGUCCGCUCCCCCGGCAAGUACCGCGUCUGCCUGUACCAGCAGUACGAGCCCGCCGGGGCCAAGUGGUCCUUCGCCGGGCUCUUCGUGAGCCUGCUGGAGCUCGUCCACCUGAAGCAUCACAGCGACUCCGUGCGUACUGUGUACAGCAUGGACGCGGGCAGCCUCGUGGUGCACUGA